UUUUUUUCAGGUUGCUGCCAUUAUGAAUUCGAACAAGUUAAAAUGAAACUACAUGACCGGCGCGUUAUUUGACGCCGGGCUCGCGAUUUCUAACAUUCUUUAUCCAUAUCUUUUGAACCCGGGGUGCUGGAGAUACCAUUCUUUUUUUAUAAUGUAGUGGUCAAACUGAUGAUGAAAGAGCUGCGGCGGUGAUUCUGCUAAAAUUUACAUUUUUCGAGAAAUCGGGGAAAAACUUUUUCUACCUCCUAAUUUAGAUGUAUGUCACCUAAUUAAGCUGUAUGAUACAUCCUAAUUAAGCUGACAUCCAAAUUAAGCUGUACAGCUUAAUUAAGAGGUUUUCCCUGACUGAUUUGUACAAACUGCAAAUUACAACUCAAUUUUUAACAUGCACUGAACUACCUAGAACUGUUUCACUUGAAGGUGUAAAUAUGGAUGUAAAUUUUGACCAUAACUGUUUUGGUUUUUUUGUGACUUCAAGUGCUACUUCUAUUAAUGAGUUGAUUUCUAAUUUAAGGUCAAAUUUAAAAAAUAAAACAAGAAUUAUAUUUAUUAUCAAUGGUGUUGCAGUGUCAAUUUUAAAAUGCAAUCGUCAUUAUUACAUUAUUGAUUCUCAUUCAAGAGAUGCUAAUGGUAGACCAUGCCCAGAUGGUACUGCUGUUGUGUUAAAGUUUAUUAAUUUGUUUGAAGUCGCAAAAUAUAUAUCAAAGAUGUCGUCAGAACAGAAAACACCAAAAAAACGUCUUGAUAAUUCUAUUGUUGGGUAUGUUACGAAUGUAUCACCAAUUAAAACUGCUAAAAACAAUCCAAAGAGGAAAUACUUUGAUUUCCUUCUAAACACAGAGGACAAAAUGGAACGAACAGUUUGUUUUUCCCCUGAAAAACAUAAACUGGUAUCAGAAGUUCACAAAGAUCUCACUGGAUGUGAAAUAAAAAAAUACAAAAGGAGCGACACUAAUGACAUCAUUAUAACAGAUUUUUCAUCUGUGAAAAAGCUUGCUCCAUCUUUUGAACUGCAGACCCCUGAAGUUGUUCUCAAAACUUUUCCAGCAAUUCUUAAUGAAUCGAUGCUGUAUGAAAUCGUAAACACAAAAGCAUAUCUAUAUGAACUGAGUGAAACUAAGGCGCUGACAGACAAGAAUGGAAAAAAUAUGUCAUAUCGCAAUGCCAUUCUUAUUGACGAAACAAGCGAAAAACUGCCAAUCACGUUUUAUAAUGAACAAUGUGGGCAAGUGAAAAACAAGGAAACAUAUAUUUUAACAGAACUAAGGGUAUCAAAAUAUAUGAUCAAUCGGUUCUUGAAAGCCACCCCAUUCACCAAACUAAGAACUGUGGAUCCAUUAGAAAUAAACGACGAAGCAGUAACAGUAACAGAUUGUACUUCACAUUUCACCAUAACUAGUGUAGAUUUAAAAAGUUUUUCAGAAAAAUUCCAGUGUCCUUCAUGCAAAUCCAAUGACCUUGAAGUUGAGAAGGACUAUACCAUAUGCAAUAAUUGUUGCACCAUGACAGAUGCCUCGCAGUGUCGAAAGCACUCCAACAUUGGUUUUACUGCAGAAGGCGAUACUGGCAAACUUGUCUUAGAUUGUUCACCUAGCUUGUUGGAGAAGUGUUUUGGCAUUCCGUGUUGCAAAAAGAUUCCACUAGCCAAAAAAAUGAUCAAGGCAAAUGUUAUAGUUAAGUUUGAUCAGCGGGAUAACUCGAUAAUUGAGAUAAGGCUAAAAGAGGAUAACUCCAUUAAGAUGUGCCUAAAAGAAAAAGAGCAAGACAAUGUGACAUCACAAAAUUUUAUUAGUGAAGAAGAAGAAAUGGUAUUACUCGACGGGAAAAACGAUGAGGAAGAUUGACUUACUUAUUCAACUGAACUAUCAUGUUUUUUGUUAUGUUAUGCUUGCUUAAAUGGUAUGCUUGCUUGAACUAAUUUAAAAAGUUAUAUUUUUUGUUUGUUUACAUUUUGUUCUGAUAUUUCUUAUUGACAUUUCAGUUUAUAAUUUUUUACUCAGCUUGCUGCAGUCCACAAAAAUUGCUCCAUAGAAAUUUAUCACGUUCUGUUUGUUGUUUGUUUUGUUUUACUGAACUCUUUUAUCAUUGUUUUAAAGUACGUGUUCAUAAUUUGAUAUGCUUACAUAUUUCCUACAAAAAUUAAUAUAAGACAAAUGAUACGAGAUAACAUGGGGAUCAUUUAUUUAAAUACAUAUUCGGACAUUAUUAUGUUAAUGUAUUGUUUUUAUGCUGGUUAGUCAGAUUUCCUUGGCAAGUAAUAAAACAAUGGUUAAGGACUUCUUUUUGGUACCGUGUAUUCGAAUCUGAAUGCUCUAACAACACUCUUUCCCAUUUCUUGGUAUUUUAUUAAACUCAUUCACUUACUACAUUUUUGCUCAAUUAUUUUCCUUGGUGAAACUCUUGCAGCGAAAAACCAUUUUGAAUAAUUUACAUUUAUCUCUUUAAUAAUAGCCGUAUUCUGUCUGUUCAAAAGGGUUACCGCGUCCCGUAACGGAAACACGAAAUGUGAUAUAUAAAGGACGGGCGACCCCGUGGAUUUUUCCACGGUCUAACGACUUCUAUAUUAUAAUGCCCGUAUACGUCUGUCCGUCCGUCUGUCUGUCUGUCACGCAAAAUGGUAGCUUAGCUGCGACGGGCGAACCCGUGGAUUUUUCCACGGGCUAACGACUAGUUUAAAAAAAAACUUAAUGCGAACUAAUUAUGCAGAAAACCUAUAACAGUUAAUAUUUUACAGAACGCAUUUUAUGAUUCGUUUCAACCUAGAGGUAACGCGGGAAUGUAUUAUAAUUGUUAAUGCAAGCCCCUAAUCUGGCAUAAGCAAAACUAGCACCCAGUUCUUAAAAUUCCCAGCAAUUUAUUCCCCUAGGUUUUUCGCUUUCUUGAUAUGCGUGCUGGCGCGGUUCGCCUAAAGUCACUGUUGUAGGAAUCCGCCGUGUUCGCAGGACUUUUCAAAAUUGGAACGUCGGUCAAGAAAGC